AUGGCUGCCACUACUGCUUCCUCUGUUGCUUCCGCCAGCUCCUUGGCUGGCCGUCAGUCGCGCCUAGCACCGCCUCAACGGCAGACCGUUGCGCCCUUCCUCUCGUCAAGCGCAUUCUCCCGCGGCCAAUCAGCACUGCGCGCCAAUGCCACGUCAGCAAGGCCCGCUGGCGUGGAGGGGCCGUCUCUCCGCCACGUGGCACCACAAGCUGCGUUGGUGAAGGGAAAGAGCUAUGGCGUGCACAAGGUGAAGGGGUCGGAGAGGCCAGUGAUGGAGGACAGGGUGGCGGCGGUGGUGGAGGGGGAGAAGAGCCCCUCCUUCUUUGCCGUGUUCGACGGCCAUGGGGGUGCUGCUGUCGCCGAGUUCUUGGAGAAGGAGCUGUGGCCCGCAUACAAGAAAGCCAUUGAGACCGCACUGAGCAAGGGCACGAGUCUGGAGAGGGCGACGCUGCGCGCGUAUGAGGAGGUGGACAAGCGCACUCUGGCGCCCCCCAAGGGGUUCUUUGGAAUGAUGAUGGAGCGCGGCAUGGGCGGCCCCAAGUGCGGCGCCUGCGCCAACACCGCUGUCAUUCUGCCCCAGCCAGACGGCUCAUACCAGCUGGUAGCAGCCAACGUGGGUGACUCGCACACGUACCUGUCGCGGGCAGGGGAGCCCGUCAAGCUCAGCGAGGACCACAAGCCCAACAUAGAGGCGGAGCGCAUGAGGAUCGAGCGCAAGAACCCCACCCCCGGACAACCACUGGUGCGCAUGGCGGGGGGCGAGUGGCGGGUGGGAGGGCUGCUGGCGCUCUCGCGUGCCUUUGGAGACGUCUACCUCAAGGACUGGAGCGAUGGCACCAGGGACGGAGCGCGCGGAGGCUUUGGGCUCACCGCUGAGCCCUAUGUCACUGUCCUCACCCUCGCCCCUGGCGAUGAUUGGCUGAUCAUUGGCUCGGACGGGCUGUGGGAUGCGGUGAAAAGCCAAGAGGCCGUUGACCUGUGCCGCAAGCAGGGGCCCGACGCACAGCUGGAUGCAGUGGCAGCAGAGCUGAUAGGCAUGGCACAGAAGAGGGGGUCAACGGAUGACAUCAGUGCCGUGGUGGUGCGCCUUCCCACUGCUGAUGCCGCCCCUGCUGCUGAGCAGUAA